AUGGGGCUCAAAGAGGCUGCUCAAAGUUUAUUUUUGGAAGAUGCCAUCCGAUGGAGUUGCAAGCCAAAUGAUCCAAACGCAAGAAUGAACUGGUGUAUUUUGGUUCUUGACAAAGAGGGAAUGCAGAUUGUAUCGGCUAGCUGUAAAAUGCAUGAUGUGUACCAUGAAGGAAUUACUCUUGUAGAAGAUUUGCUCAAAGUACGCGAACCAGUAAAUCUGGACGCUGUUUAUUUUUUGACACCAACUAAAAAGUCAAUUGCUGCUCUUGUCGAGGAUUUUCCUAGGGACGGAGUUAAAAAGUAUAAAGCCGCUCACAUUUUCUUUACAAAAGCAUGUCCAGACUCACUUUUUAAUACUCUGUCCCAAUCACUUACUAAGCAUCACAUUAAAUCGUGCAAAGAGAUUAACAUUGCUUUCAUCCCAUUUGAAAGCCAGGUUUUUUAUUUGAACUGCCACGACUCUUUUCAAUCAUGUUAUAAUCCAUUACGCAUGGAUGUUCGUACACCUGACUUGGAGGAAUUGGCAAUCCGAAUUUCCAAUGUUUGUUAUGCCACAGCUGGUCCUGGAAAAAUUGAAAAUAUUAAAAGAUGA